AUGCUGCUUGAAGAAGAUCAAGAGUAUGUUAAAAUAAAUCAACUUUACGACGAGUGUCUUGAUUAUUUAAACAAAUCAACUUGUAUAAAUGAAGAAGAAAGUAAAGAGGAAGUUCCAGAAGAGAAAAAUGAGGUUCUAUAUUACGUAACAAAAGCUGCUAUAGAUAACAUUAAGAAUAACAAAAGUGAAGAGAAAGAGGAGAUACCUAAAAUUGGAUUCAAAGUUGUGAACGAAUUAAAAUCAAAUGAGAGCAUUAACUCCUUGUCAGGGGAAACAAAAUCAGAGAGAUUAAGAAAAUUGUCCCAGCAGCUUCCAAAGAUAAUCAUAACACAAAGCAACACUAGCUUAAACUUAAAACGAGAUGAGAAAAAGCAAACGGUGGCAAACCACAUGCCAAUAAAGAGUUCCUUGAAGAAAUCAGCCAGUGAAAACAACACAUAUACGUAUGAUGUGAAACACCAGCCCAUUUUCCGCAAUAGAACUGCUUACGGCGACUUCCCAAAACGUUUGGUUUCGAAGAACGGAGUCGAGAACGUAGCCUUGAUAUCAAACGUGCCUUUUGAGAAGAUACGGCUGCUCAAUGAUACUUUCCAUACAUUGAUCAAUCUACGAUGGCGCUGGAUAGUCAUUGGAACUGUGGUGGUACACUUCGCUAUCUGGCUGGUGUUCGCCGUGUUCUGGUACAUCGCGGCACUGGCGCACUAUGACUUCGAGCCCGACCCGCCGAAACGCACUUGCGUUACAGGCGGAAAGGAUUUCGUUACAAUUUUUCUUGCUUCUGUCGAGGCUCAGACUACAAUCGGUUUUGGAGAUCGUGCCAUAGAUGAGGAGUGUCCAGAAUCUAUAUUUUUGUUCAUAAUGCAGUUAAUUCUUGGCACUGGACUGUCAGGUGUUCUGACUUGUGUGGUAUACGCGAAGCUGACGCGACCAGAAAAGCUCUCGCGUGACGGAGUGGGCUUCAGUAAGAAAGCUGUUAUCAGCAUGCGUGACGGACACCUGUGCUUGAUGAUCAGAGCGUGGGACCUGAACUACGAUCAUAUCAUCAGUUCCGAAUUUAGUGCUCACUUUAUUGAUACCUAUCGGACGAAGGAGGGCGAGGUAAUCCGCUACUUCGCACGCACUCUGACUCUUCAGCAACGUCAGUUCCUUCUGUGGCCGGUCACGCUUGUACACGUCAUCGACCACACCAGUCCGCUGUACAACUACACCCCUAAAGAUAUCUCUAACAACAGUUACGAGAUCACAGUCAGUCUGAAGGGCGCGUCAGCAUCGAUGGGCACUUUCACUCAAAGUCAGACUUCGUACUUUCCGCGGGAAAUCCUCUGGGGACACCGCUUCCCACCCGUUGUCAAGUACGACCCUCGUAAGCAGAAAUACGUGGUAGAGCACACGAAGCUAGACGCCACGGAGGCCGUGAACACACCGCAGUGCAGUGCCCGUCAGCUUUACAGAUCCAGUUCCUCGAGCAAACAAACACCACCACAGCGCCCUAGCACGCCUGGCAGUUUCAGCGAAAAGGUCUCCACUUUUCACUUGGAGAGAGCAUCUUCUUUCAAAAAGAGACAUUAG